AUGACGCCCAACUUGCUAGACUUGGUCGCUAUCGCCGGCCUUCGCCCUCAUGGAGAUGAUUUCUCGGCCGCCAACCUUCCAGAAGCCAAGGCGGGCUUAGAUUUUCACAAGUCAAACAAGACCUCCGAGAGCUGGGUGAAGACAUAUCUUGGCCAUGACGGAGAUCCCACCGACCCUCCUUCCAUCAAUGGCGUAUCCUACACUGAGCAUGUGGAUUUCCUUGUGAUGUGGUUGUGCAAGUUCUUGGCACGCCCAAAAUCCAGUGGGAUCACAAAGGAAUUUCAAGCCUUGGCGGAGGUACUUGCAGAUGGCCAUCAAGUGGCCAUGGGCCCAAUCUUUCUUGCCUAUCUUUAUAGAGGGCUCCGUGAGGUAACCACUAAACCCAUGGAUUAUCACGCUUCUGGCCCUAUAUGGAUUUUUCAAUUGUGGCUCCAGCUAUAUUUUCUGGAAUUAAGUCCCAACACCGUUUGCCCAAAUGAUAAAGCGCUUUUGGGUCCACCUCUGCUCAACGCCCCACGCCGGAAGCAUUAUGUUGAGGAUUGCUUCCGAUUUUUCUAUGAGUACCAGGAGAGGACUAGGGAGCAUCUCUCCAUUUGCCUAGAUCACCGUUUCUCGGAUUAUCUAGCCCUGGAUCUUUCCUCAUAUCCCACGGCGAAGACGAAAGAUGAGAGACAUAAUAUGUGGGCGAGCAUCCUCAUCAGCCGUGAUCUUCCAUAUGGCCUAAUGGUGAACAAAGGUAGCAACUAUCAUUGUGGUGGUGAGCUUUAUUAUCCCGCCGCCGCCGGCUACCAGCUUGGUUUUAUACAGAGCAUCCCUAUACCACCCAUGGAUUCCGUCAACCUGCUUUCCUCUUGGCGGGUGGAAUUUAAAGAUGCAAAAGAAGUCACCACCUUGACGGAUUUCAACCAAGACUUGGUGAAAUCCUUCAGUAUUCCGAUUAGAGAUCCUCAGUUUGGUGACUCUAACAUCUUUAUCCACUGGUGGAAAGAAAUGUCGGCCGGUUGGUUUUCUCAACCAUGCUCAGAGAUUGAGGAUAGGAUCUUUAGGUAUUGCCCAUGCUCAUUGGCCUUUCAACAAGAGAAAGAGAAGAAGAAGGCCCAAGCAAAAGGAGAUAGCCCCGCCAGAAAUAUUUUGCCCUCUCAAACAUUCCUACGGCCCAGAAAAGUUCCGCGGAACCUUUCACCCCAAGGUUCCCCAAGGCCGGCGGAGCAUCCUUCCUCUUCUCAUUCGGUCAGGGCUGUGCAAUCGGCCACCACUUCAUCUGCUGCUCUGGAAACUCAAACUUCCGCACUUGAGAAGGAAAUUGGGGCACAAAUCAUGACUUCGGUGGGCGCGGAUGGGUCGGUCGAGAUCAAUACCACGGGGCACCCGGAGGAUGUUUCCACGGAGUCACACAAGAUUAUUCCCAUGCCCGAUGAUCACGCCCACGAGUACGUGGCCGAGUUGACCGAAGAAGACUUCCCACACGUUCCGAACUCUCAGGCGGAUGUGGUGGAGUCUACCGCCAUUACGGUCGACCAUGCAAUGGUCACCAGUGGUGCGCCUUCCACUAUUCCCACCGUCGGAAGUGCACCGCCUGAGCCCGUCCUUAUGUUGACCUCGAGAGCUCCUACCUUGGUGGUCGAUGCUAUUCCGUCCGAACUCCAACUUGAGAUUGGCGAGUCUUCAUCCUUUGUGCCUGCCGAGAUUACCAUGGAUCCAUCGGCGGAGGAUGGAGGAAACUUGGCCAUGGUCCCUUAUGAAGAGGCCCAUCUACCAUCCCCUGAUCAGCCCUCUGGUGAUAUUUUUGACUUCCUAGAUCAGUGGGAUGCAUCUAUAUCCUCCGCGGAGGCUUCCACUCGCCUUGCCACUUCUUCCACAUCGAUCGGGGCCCUACCAGAUUCCGGGGUUGAGGCCAUACUUCAGUCAUACAAAGAUGGAGACCUCAUGUCCUUGGAGGACAAAGAUGAGAGAAGCAAGCUCAAGGCCGCCAUUGAGAAUUUGGCGAGUUCUAGCUUUUUCCCUGAUCCACGCUCGGCGGCUAUGAUUACUCAUCUCUUUGGUCAGGUGGAGAGGUUUGCCCCCCGCCGCCGUCUUUUUCUGGAGGAGCAAAGGGUAGGCCAAGACUUGGAGCAGCGGAUUACCUCAUGUAGUGCCACCAUGAGGAGAGAGAUCGAGAUUGCCCGUCGAAUGCAACAGGAGGCUGCGGAUAUCGAUGAGCAGGUGAGGCAGCUUCAAGAGAGGAAGGCUGGCAUUGUUGCCAAAGUCUCCGAGAUUGUUCGGAGCAACAGGCCUCUCGAGGCUCAACUUCGACAGGAUGCAUCGGCGGUGGGAGUGUAUCGAGAGAGGAAGUUGAUGAUUCAGUCUACCUUGUUCGCCGGAGAUACCACGAUGGAGAGUUUUAGGACUGCCCUCCGCACCCUUUUCCUUGAUGCUUAG